AAUUCUAAGUACUCGCAAUACGUUGCUCAAUUCCAUGUGUUUACCCGUUAUUGACCCCUCCAAGGAGAUGUGCUCUGGAGGCGUAUUGGUGAGGGGUUUUACUGCUAUAAAAGCACGGCUUGUUACUUCGGCUUUUCAGAAUCCACUGAAAGCUUUUACUUGCCCUAUAUUGCUGGUUCUGUUUCAAGUUCAGUUUUCUGUGCUGUAAACUCCGGAUCAGACAACUUUCGAAAUUCACCGUCAAGCAAAAUAGAGAUUCACUUGUUCGCCAUGUCGUCCAUUGCCUUCUUAUCCGCCAUCCUGUUGCUACUGGCGACGGCGGCUCUGAGCGUAGCAGAUCCAAUCCCACCGUCGCCAAGUCCUGCAAAUAUGGCGUCAGCCGGCGGUGAAAGCUGCAUGGUUCGUUGGAUACUCCAGUCAGGUGUAGAACUGGCGAUGGCCGAGAGGUACGAAGGUGUGUUCAAGACCAUUGGAAUGACAAAAGCUAAGCUACUUGAGCUAGACACUGAUGUCCUGGCUUUCCUGAUGGGAAUGACGGGUGACCAUGCUACUAUGCUCAAGUCCUGCCUGGAUGGUACCAAUCCUCUAUGUGCUGAUGCGUUCAACCCGUGCAACACUGAGGGAGAGUGUGUGUUCAACACUGACACUCGUUCAUACAUGUGCCAAUGCCAACCAGGCCGAACAGGACAGUAUUGCGAGAAUGAGAUAGACGAGUGUGCCAGUGAACCAUGUCAGAAUGGCGGGCGGUGCAUCGACGCAUUCAACAAUUUCACGUGUGACUGCUCUGUGGGCUACGAGGGAGACGUGUGUCAACAACGUUGGUGGACAAGGGAUUUGUUUAACGCUCUCAACGCUAGUUUGGCGACGGAGAAAGCAAAUGUCGACAUUCUUCAGUCGCAAUUAGCUGAGGCGAACCGCACCAUCCGGGAGAACCUGAAAGAAAACGCAAACCUUCAGUCACAAUUAUUAGCUGAGGCGAACCACACCAUCCAGACCAGAUUGAACGGGCACAGUGAUCGCAUACACGGAUUGGAAGGCCAUGUAUCAACAUUGCAGACGUUACAACAAUGCAAUUCGGCGUCACUUGGGUUCGCCUAUAAGUCGCAGAGCGCAGGAGGGAGUGGAAGGCGGCAAUUGGCUAGCGUUCAGAUUACCAAGAGGCGUGCAUCCACACUUCUGAGAAUCACGUACUCCACCACAAUUUGGACUCGAGGAGAUCGCUCAGCCUCGAGAUGGUUGGCUAAAAUUGACGGUCAAGAGUGUACUCAGCCAUCACCUAUCCAUAUCGCUCACUACAGACGAGAUGUGAAUGGCGCAUUUAUUCCUGGAUAUCUGGUAGGUCUUUGCAGAGCGACAAGCUCGGGACCAAUCGCACAAGGCCAUCACGUGAUCACAAUUCACACCGGAACAAUUGCACCGUACCCGCAUAGUGCUAACUCGGGGUGGUUGGCACCAUCUCUUCUGGAAGUCAGGGAGAUCUGUGCCCGAUAAACUAUUUUCGUCGCACAAGAUACACAAUGAUCAUCUGACCAGAAAAUCCAUUGUCCAUUGUCAUAAUAUUUUGACAUUCUCACAUGUUUCGCUCUCGCACUCCUCAAUUCAUUCAUACGCUAUUGAAAUGUUGUACCUCCAUCACCUCUGCCCUCUUUUCUGAAGACCCUCCGUAUAUUCUAGUGAUUGUUAGUCUUCUUUGUAAUUAUGCUGUCUGAUCUCUCCCUCGCCCCCCACUCAACUUCUGUAUUUUCCUAGUCUAAAUAGUACACCUAUUAAAGUUGUUAACGAGCACAAGCACCUGGGCGUUAUUCUCGACCGCCAACUCUCCUGGUCUCCACAAGUCCAGUCUGUGUGCAAGCGUGCGAGUGCGUCCUUAGGUAUGCUACAACCCCACUGCCAACACUUGAAUGAUAACUGCAGAAAAUUGUUCUUUAAGUCGUACAUUUUGCCUAUAUUUGACUAUUGCGAUAUAGCUUGGUGCGGGUUGUCUCAGACUUUACUCCACAGACUGGAGGUACAUCAACGCUUGCUUCUGAAAAUUCUGUUUCGAAAAGACCAAACAUUUGCCUCCCUUUGUCUUUAUAAACUUGCUUCCACGCACCCUCUUCUUGCCCGACAUCAGCAGCAUCUUUGUAUCCUUGUGCAAAAGAUCUUCCUAGCCCAAGUCCCGAAACAUAUUGCCAAGUACAACUGGUUUGUUACCACUAGACCAACACGCAAUGCCUUAUCACUGCCCCGAGCUAGUUCCUCUCUGUUUUUGAAAUCCCCUUUCUUCUCAGCAUACUCCCUUUGGUCUAACCUGCCUACUAGCAUUAAGACAUGCCAGGAUAUCAGGAAAUUCACAGUCCAGCUUUCCACACUGUCUCAUCCGAAGUGAUCCCAUGUAUUAUUAAUGUGCCUCCCUUUCUUUUUCUCUCCCUAUCUCCUUUCCCUCUCUGACAGCAUCUUUUUUUUUUCUUUUUUUUUUCCCUUUUAGCUUGCCGUGGUUGGCUAUCACCUGACCUCUCAUGUUUAUUGGCAGUCUUCGGACGGGCCAGGAGAUGUUGAAUAAAUAAAUGAGUGUUUUCACACGAAACUCGGAAUAACGUCGGAAAAAGAUUUGUUUUCUUCAUUGCUGUGUGAUAAUUGUAUUGAUAUGAAUAUUAUAUUAGGUUGAUUUGUUUGUGGUUUGUAUACUUAUUUGAAUUUGCAAAUCCAAACCAGCACAAAUGCUCGAUGACAGGGCCGCGAAUGCGGUCGUGUGUCAAAUGCCUUGUGCACACAAUUUACCUUCGGUUUGUUCUCAUUCCAGUUUCUACAAAUUGUUGUGUACGUCACAUUUUCCUAAUAUUCCAAAUAUUUGAA